GUGGCGGCGGUCCCCGGGGAGCAGGCGGAGACAGCCGCAAGUCUGACACUGGCCUGGCGGAGGGGCGGGGGCGGGGGCCGACGGAGCGGCCUCGGCCUUGCGGGAGCUGCACGAGGAGCGGGAGUGGCCGGGCCUGCCCUCCGCGCCCGAGCGAUGGCGACGGUGGCGACGGCGGCGCUCGCUCGGACAGAUACAUCCAGAAAGUGCCCAGAAGAAACUUCCUGUCAGAAAACCUGAAAACACAGUAUUUAUAACACUGGAGUUUGUAAAGAUGGCUGAAAGCAACAGUGAAAAUGUAGAUGUGAGGCCUAAAACAAGUCGGAGUAGAAGUGCUGACAGAAAGGAUGGUUAUGUGUGGAGUGGAAAGAAGUUAUCUUGGUCCAAAAAGAGUGACAGUUGUUCUGAAUCUGAAGCAGUUGGUACUAUUGAGAAAGCUGAAAUUCCUCUGAGGAGCCAAGAAAGGAAGCUCAGCUGUUCGUCCAUUGAGUUGGACUUAGAUCAUUCCUGUGGGCAUAGAUUUUUAGGCCGAUCCCUUAAACAGAAACUGCAAGAUGCCAUGGGCCAGUGUUUUCCAAUAAAGAAUUGUAGUAGUCGACACUCUUCAGGGCUUCCAUCUAAAAGAAAAAUUCAUAUCACUGAACUCAUGUUAGAUAAGUGCCCUUUUCCACCUCGAUCAGACUUAGCUUUUAGGUGGCAUUUUAUUAAACGACACACUGUUCCUAUAAGUCCCAGUUCAGAUGACUGGGUGAGCACAGACUUAUCUGAGAAUAAACUGAGGGGCGCUCAGGUAAAACGAAGAGACAUGGAAGAAGACAUUCCCUGUUUCUCACAAACCAGUGUCCAGCCCUGUGUCCUAACUACCAACAAUGCUUCAUGUACCGGUGGCCACUUAACUGGCUCGAUGAUGGACUUGGUCACAAACGGCAGCAUAGAAGAUAGUGACAUGGAGUCAGAGGAUGAAAUUAUAACUCUGUGCACAAGCUCCAGAAAAAGAAACAAGCCCAGGUGGGAAAUGGAUGAUGAAACCCUGCAGCUGGAGGCACCUCCCAAGUACCACACGCAGAUUGAUUAUGUCCACUGCCUUGUCCCAGACCUCCUGCAGAUCAGUAACAAUCCGUGCUACUGGGGUGUCAUGGACAAAUAUGCAGCCGAAGCUCUGCUAGAAGGAAAGCCAGAGGGCACCUUUUUACUUCGAGACUCAGCACAGGAAGAUUACUUAUUCUCCGUUAGUUUUAGACGCUAUAGUCGUUCUCUUCAUGCUAGAAUUGAACAGUGGAAUCAUAACUUUAGCUUUGAUGCCCAUGAUCCUUGUGUUUUCCAUUCUCCUGAUAUUACCGGGCUCCUAGAACAUUAUAAGGACCCAAGUGCCUGUAUGUUCUUUGAACCACUUUUAUCCACUCCGUUAAUCCGAACUUUCCCCUUUUCCUUGCAGCAUAUUUGCAGAACAGUUAUUUGUAAUUGUACGACUUAUGAUGGCAUCGAUGCCCUUCCAAUUCCUUCUCCUAUGAAAUUGUAUCUGAAGGAAUACCAUUAUAAAUCAAAAGUUAGGUUACUCAGGGUUGACGUGCCAGAGCAACAGUGAUGGGGAAAGAUAUGGACUUGCAUACAUAUUUUCACUUAAUAUUUUAUUUUUCUUAUGCCUCUUUGAAUUUUUUUACAAAGGCAGUUGGAAUCCAAAAUAAAACUUGUCCUAAAUUUUAAUUCCAGAUCAAUUUAUUUUUUUUAUGAUACACUUGUCAUAUAUUUUUAAACAGGUGUUUGGUUUUUGUUUUUACCAUAUAAAUUGUAUACUUUUUCCCUUAAUUUACAUGUGGUCCAGGCAUAUUUGAAAUUUCAAGACAUUGAAAAUAUAUUUGAAUAUUCUAUAUAUUUUUUUUUAAUAAUCUUUUACUCUUUCCUACAUGUGAAAUAUUUUGCUAAUCUAUGCUAUCAGUAUUCUUGUAUGGGGGAAUAGUUACCUAUCCCUUUUUCAUUUUAAGGUUCUUCAGUAAAGAUGAGUGUUAUAAUCCAUCUGUUACAAUGUACUUGACUUUUAUAAUUUGCUAGUAGGAAUGUUAGAUAACAAAAUGGUUUAAAAUGAAAAUGUGUGUUUUCAUUUUAAGUAUUAAGUAAAUAAUACUUGCUUGUUAAAGAUUAUUUGUUUGUGUGUUUGUUAAUCUGGCAGUGAGAAAGAGAAUGUUAUGUUCUAGAGGCGCACUUGUUCUGCAGUAUGAGGAUCGCCAGUUAAUCCAAAUAGGCACCCCUCAACCUGGAGGAGGUGAAGGGGAACAUAACUUGCAUUUCUUUCUUCCUGGGAGCUUUACAAAGCAAGGUAACAGCAUUAGAAACUUAGAGUUGCUAAGGCAACUACUUAGCCCUUUUUUUUAGGAACUCUGGUUCUCAGGUGAAAAUAUUCAGCUUUUAAAUAGCUCCUGUAUCCAUCAGUAACAAAAAGAACUGACGAGUUUCUCUUUAUUUUGAAUUGCACUAAAUAAACAUGCCAACAAAAACAUGGCUGAAUAUUUAGGAAGCUUAGUGCUCCAUUUUUGUCUUCACAUCCUAAAUAAUUAUUUCUGUCUUUGGAACUAACAUAUACUUCAUGUGGCUUCAAAAAAGAGAAGGCAUGGCAGUAGCUCCAUGACAUAACACACUGGACAGAGGGGCAAAAUAACAGUUCACAUUUACAAUCGUUUUGUUUUCUUUUCUUUUUUGUUUUUCAAGACAGUUUCUCUUUGUAAUCUUGCUGUCCUGGACUCACUUUGUAGACCAGGCUGGCCUCUGCCUUCCUAAAUGCUGGGAUCACAGGCUUGUGCCCCUGUGCCUGGCUCACAUUUACUAUGUUAAGGGCAACACCACACUUUAGAAACAUCAUUGGCCUAGAGUAGGCAGACAAGUGGAAUGGUGCCCUAGUUCUCUCUCCAGUGACUGCCCUUGACAGAGUGCCCAGUUUUCCUUGUAGUGAGCUAUCUGCUUUUUUUAAAAUAUUAUAGGAUUUUGUGGGUUUUUGUUUUUUCUGUGUAUGAUAGUGUCUCUCCGUGUAGCCUAGGCAGACCUCAAAUUUGAGAUCCUUCAGCCUGAGCUUUGGGAUUAUUACCCAAAAGGUUUGGACCACCAUGAACAGCUAGUAAUUGGGUUUCUUCUUUUGUUGUUGUGGUUUGAUUGUUGUUUAGUUGGUUGGACUUGGAUUUUUUUAACUGGGUGUCUGUAAUCCUGGCUGUUCUGUAGCUUGCUAAAUAGUCCAGGCUGUCAUCAGAGUCAAGAGAUCCUACUUCUUCCUCCAAAGUGCUGGAUUAAAGGUGUCUGACACUAUGCCUGGCUACUAAUGGAUUUCUUUCUUUUGUUUUUCUUUAUCUUUACUUGUUUUGCUUUGUUUUGAUAAUUGAUUUCUUGAUAUUAGUUCAGCUGUACUAGAAAACUUGCUUCAACCUGGACUCAAGGAACAUUACUUAAAGUUUCUGAGUUAGAACUUAAAUGUUUCUUGCUGGCUCAGUGAUACAUACCUGUAAUCCCACUUUUUGAGAAGCAGAGAGAUAAAGAUUGCUGCAUGUUUUAGUCAGUCAGAGCUGUAUGGUGAGGAUUUGUCUCAAAAAAUUUUUUUCUUAAUUCUUGUUGCAUCUAUGUUAAGAUAGCCUUUCCUGGUCUUGAGGGUGCUAUUAAUGUAAAAACAGUCUUCAGUAAUAGCUUUUACUGAUCAUGUUGGUUCACGCCUGUAUUUCCAGAAAUUGGAAGACUGAGGCAGAAGGAUUGCAUGACUCCUGGAAUAACCUGGGCUACAGAGGUAGACCCUGUCUCCAUGCCUCUACCCCCCCCCCCAAAAAAAAAGAAAACUUAAUAGCUUUAAAUUUUUCAACAAUUAAAAAAUUAAAAUGGGAAAACCUGUUACCAUUCUCUCUUAAUUUUUUUUUUCUCUCAGUGGUCUAAAGAUCAUCUUGAUCACUAUGAGAGGCGGCCACUCAAGAUGUACCUCUUACAACUGUAAUGAGGCCGAGGCUGUGAACACCAGUGUCAGGAUAACUAGCCCUUCUAGAGAGGAUGCUGACCCUGAGAGUAGACAGUCUCCAACUACCUCAUCUUCGUUGCGGCACUUUUGUAGCUGCUGAGGUGGUCAUCUUAUUAACCAGUAUAACAUUUCCUAAGUCUCCAUCUUUGGUGAAAAAUUUAUAAUUACAGCUCUUUAUCAGAAUUUGAUAAAACCUUCUGUUUCUGUGAAACAGUUACUUUUAAUAUUUUUCUUUGAAAGUAACUUUUUAUCAGUACAGAGCUAUCUAAGGGAUGACUAGCUUAUGAAUAUUCUGUUAGAGGGUAGUUUUAUAAAAAAAGUGAAAUAUGUCUUUUAUAGUGGUAAAAUUAGUGUUUAUAUGCAAGUCAAGAUCAGUAGCUUUUAAUAUACUUAAGACUGAUUGCUUAUGAUAUAUUUUCUCUGGCUUUUUAUUGUUUUCAAUGUCAAGAUAUUAACAACUUAAUAUUUUCAAAAUACUGCCAUAUGUGUAGCUUUGAAGUGUGUGUUAAGGACAAGACUCAUUUACUCUGAAAUGCUUUGUAUCUUUCCUUUGGUACUUCCUACAGUGAAAAGAAACUUGGAAAGUAGAGAUUUAUAAAGAUUUGGGAAGAGAAUUAUUUAUUGUGAGGGAAAGAGAAAAGAGUGACAAAAAAAAUUAAGGAUUUGAGAUUUGGAGAAACCCACUUUGCGUUUUUGUGAAGAACAUCAAUAUUAAAAAACUAACUCAAAAAAGUUUAAAAUACAUUUACUGAGUUAAAUAGCUAAAAUGAAAUUAGUUUAUGCUAAAAAGCAUAAAUAAAUUCUAUGACAUAUUUAAAGAAGUCUAAAUUAAAUGGAAAUGUUAUAACUCUUAAGUUGACAUUUGAAACUUUUGAAUACUGUAAAUUCCACUUGAAAAAGUGUCCAGUGUAGGCCUUGAUGCACACAACUUUUAAUCCCAGCACUGGGAGACAGGAAGGCAGGUGUCUGAGAGUUUAAUGCCUACCUGGCCUAAAUGGUGAGUUCCAGGCCAGCCAGGGCUAUGUAAUGAGACCCUGUCUCAAAACAAAAGAAAGAAAAGCAGGCGAUAUAGUGGAAAUGUGUAGAGUUUAUUUGUGAGAGAGAAUGGAGCUAAAAGGAACACGAUAAAAUAUUAAAAUUAAGAAUUUAGGCAUUACCUCAGGGAAAAAAGCCUUGACAGUGAAAGGAAACUACUUUAUCACUAAUAGCUCAUCUGGACCAGACGCUGAAUACUUUGGGAGUCAUCCUGAACAAUCAGGAAAUGAACUUGACUUUCCCAUUUCUCUUGAGGCCUUUCAGGACAGAGCCUUCUGCUCUUCGUUAAACCUGCAUCUUGAGUUAUGCUAUGAUUCCUGAAAUAUGCUGAAUGGGUUCUUUUUAGUUUCCUUGGGUGUUUUUCUACAAAGAGUUAUAUGUGAUUCUUUCUGAUACAUAACCGUGUCAUUGGCCUAAAUAAUUAAUGAAGAGAAUAUGUUAAUUUAAAGGGGACCUAAUAGGAACAUUAAAGGAAGCUUUUAGUCAGCCUGUGGCUAGCUAGAUUUAUUGAUUUGGUGAGGAAACCUGUGUUCUUUGCUGACUUUCAGCUAAUUGCUAACUCUGGUCAAAGAAUGGCUUUCACUUAAAGUUUUGACUUAUUAUAAAUAAGAUAAAGAAUGUCUUAGUAAUUAGAAAUCCUUUAAAACAUCGAACAAAUGUGCAAAUAAGACUCAUCUUUUUAUAAGAAAAACACAUAAGCCUUUAUCACUUAUUCAUGAGCUAAAGCCAUUAAGAUAAAUCAAAUUAUCAACUUCCUGUCUCUGAAGUUUGGAUCGUUUUAUAGAUCCAUGUAAUAGAGCACUUAUUUCCUGUGAAGCAGAUGCUUUCAGGUCUCUUCCUCUCUUUUCAUUAAAAGUAUUUGUCACUUUUAACUAUAAUCAGAAUCUUAUAGACAACUAUAUUUUUAUUUUGGCAGGGCAAAUUUCACAGAAUACCUACUUAAUUAUAAGACAAUCCUGGAGACAAAACAAUGUUUAAAAUAACCUAUGUAGGAAGGUAUGAUGGCGUCCGCCUUUAGUACCGGCACUUAGGAGGCAGAGGCAGGUAGAUCUCUGUAAGUUCCAGAGCAAAGUUACAUCAUGAGAGCCUGUCUCAAAAAAAAAAAAAAAAAAAAGACACAAAGAAGAAAUGUAAAGUAAUGGUUAUCUAAUAGAAAAGGCUUUAGGACAAAACUAACUUCAAAAUAGUGUUUCUAAUUUGUAAUUUUGAAUGCGUUACUUAAUCCUAAAUUCUUUUGUCUUAAUUUCCUGUGAAAUGUAAGUAAUGGUACUGUUGUUUCCUGAAGGUUCAUUCACUAAGAGGUGUUCCUUAGAUCAUAGUUGAAAAUAAUUGCUGGGUUGCUAUUCAGUACUAAUUGAGAAUAGGUUUUCAAAGUAGCACCUUUGUGAAGCAUACAAAAUCAUAAUCACUUGUCUGUAAUAGUCUUUCUUGACUUGAUCUGACCAUGGAAAUAACAACAAUUUGGUUUUGUGGUUCAAACUCUACAAUUACUUAACUGCAAUUUCUUCCUACCUUAAGAUCUGUAUAAACUGAUGUUUGCCUUAUUUGGAAAACUGAUUACAUUUGCAGGAAAUAAAGAUAAUUUGUGCCAUUGUUAUAAAUCAAAUCUAAGCUUUCAGACUUAGGAGUCAUAGUGUAAAACUCAAGGAAGUUCAUUUAAAUUCUGCUGGCUUUGCUAGAAUUGAAUAAAUUUGUUAUGAGCCAAGUAAGAACUAUAUAUACUUGAAUAUACAGAGUGUAAUGAUUUCACAAAGCUAUGUUGUCAAUUAUGGUGUGUGACCCAAACUAUUUUCACUUUCUAAUCUUGACAAAUGUUUGAGUGUGGGUUUAAAAAUUUUGAUCUGAAUAAAUUUUUGCUUAAUUAAAUCUUCAUAUAUGAAA